AUGGAUUCAGAAUUUCGUAAAAAAUUCAAUGAUAAUUUUGAAAAAUCAAAGGAAGAUUGCAUCGACAACAUUAUAGCAAUGUGUGCAAUGAGCUGCGUUGGAGACUUUCAAUCAAAUAUACGAUCUUUUAUCCACUACGACAAGAAUAAAAAGGACAAUAAAAAUCCAGAAAAACGAGUAUAUGAGACACGGAAUCGGGAAAAACACAUAACGGAUCCGAAAGAACGUCAAAUGGCUAUCAACAUGCUAAUCCUGGGAUCUCUUUUCUCAAACGAGAAUUUUUCUUUUUAUGUUGUGGAAAGAGCAACAAAAAAUGAAAAGGACUGGAAAAAAUCCAAAGUUAUUAAGAGCAGAUCAUCAAAUUCUUGCGCUGUCGCUGGAACGGAUUACCUCCUGGAUCCGUCGGUUUAUAUGUCGAGGAGACCCCUCUGUGCAAAGAACGCUGGCUGCCGAACGAACCAAUCGAAAAGAAACGGGUUGAUAUUUUUUCACUAA